UUUUGUCCAAAUUGGUUAACCGAGGAAAGAGGUAUGAAACCUGACUCCAAGUUCACAUGCAGUGCUUUGUAAAUUGUCAAAAAAAGCUUUAUUAUAUUCCUUGCUUCUAUUUUAUUCCUUUCUCUUUUUCGUUUUGUUGAAUCAUCCUUUACCGCCCUACCGUGAACUUCGUUUUUCCCCCUAGCCGUCUUAUUUUCCUGUCUUCUCUUUUUUUUCCCGAGUCUUUUUUUUUUUGUUCCUAUUAUAUUAAAUGAAAUUUCCUGUUAUUUCUUGGGUAUACCUUAUCGCUGUUCUGCUAUGUUCCUUACGGGCGUGUUAUUUAUACUGGUCGUCGACACAUGAACUGAGAGGAGCCGCUCCUGGUUUAUUUUGGCCACAGAGGCUAACCACACAACCCACAUACAUGUCAUCUACCAUGAAGAGGAACGAUUCCCUCACGAUUGGAUCGGAGCCCGAUCAUUUAUUCUAUUUCAUACAGAUCUCUGAUCUUCAUUUGUCAAAGUUUCGAGCCAAAGGGCAUACUCUGCAUUUUCUACAUUUCAUUCAGUCCGUAUUACCUGUUGUCAAACCUCGUUUUGUGGUUGUCACGGGAGAUUUGACGGAUGCAAAAGACCAGAAGCGCAUUACAUCACACCAAUACAUAGAAGAAUGGUUGGUCUACAGAAACGCCAUUGAUCAGGGAGCCAACAAUACCCAGUGGUACGAUAUGCGAGGCAACCAUGACUGUUUCGACCUGCCUUCAUGGGAAUCACGGGUCAACAUGUACCGGGAAUACGGCCAAAGUGGUUUAUUAACUGAAGAGGGUCAGGGGCUGUACACAUGGCAGGUGAAUGAACAUUACGGUCAAUAUCAAUUUGUCGCCAUUGACGCAUGUCCGAAACGAGGUCCGUCCCGUCCCUUGAAUUUUUUUGGUUACCUGACCUCCGCCACCAUGGACCGGUUCGCCCACGCUUUACUAUCCUCAUGGUAUAACCAUACCUUUGUGUUUUCACAUUAUCCGACGACGACCAUGGUCUUUGGGGUAUCAAGUCAAGGAUACCGACUUCGUGAUUUGGCUCGACAUUACAGUGUGUACUUCUGUGGUCAUUUUCAUCGACUUGCGGCUGGUUUGGGUGACAUGUUGCAGGGAUAUGACACGACGACCGACACUUUAGAGUUGGAAGUCAUUGACAUGAAAGAUCAUGGUGUUUAUCGUAUUGUUGCAGUGGAUCAUGAUUUGAUCUCGUUUACAGAUGUCCGACUUCCUGUUAAGCAGAUGAGAAAGAGUGGUGGCUCCAUCACACCGUUGACAGCUGAUCAUCAAAUCCUCUGGCCACCCAAAGUUCAGAUACCACCUGCUGUCCUGAUCACCAAUCCCAAAGAUGCUCGAUACACCAUUAAACAUAAAGAGCCCAUCCAUCGAAUCAAAGACAGCACCCAUAUCCGGUUUCUUGUCUUUACAGACGUUUCACCUCAAGAUUUGACGAUUUCUGUGACCCUGGACGGCGUACUCUUGGAAACCUCAUUCCUCUCUUUUGUUGGCAACGAUACGUUACCUCUGUGGACCUUGCCAUGGGAACCGGACCGUCUCGCUCCUCGUCAACAGCACGUAUUGAAAAUUCAGGUCAGGACAAGCCAAGGUGUAUCAGGAUCUUCAUCCAUUGUGUUCCGGGUGGACGGCAUGAGAAGUAAUAUUGGCGGUGGUGUCAGCGAAUGGAUUAUUUCGACACACAUGACGACAUAUUUUCAAUGUGUUUCAUUUCUCACCAUCACGGCCAUGCUCAGUUUAUUACUGAUCCCCAAGUUUUACAUGCAUUUCCAUGCACAACGUCAAGCAACCCAAGUCUCGGAAAAAACGACGCCUCUCAGCCGCAGUCGCAGAAUUUUGUCUCAAAUCCAUGACAUUGAUCAGCAAACGUUGCCGACACUCUAUAAUCGCUUACGACGAUGGAUCUUUAUAUGGGCAUUGCGAUUCCUUCGUUUCCCAGAGACUCAACCCUACGUCUGGUUUACUACUUUUAUUCUUCUUCUAGCCAUGAUGACAUUGCCAUGGUUCCGUGCCGAGUUUAUUCCUUCAGGCGCCACUGCAGGAGAACGUUACGGAACCUUUUACAUGUAUGGACUGGUGUUUGAGAACGAAUGGGUACCUAUUGCCGAUUCGUGGAUGUAUGCUUGCGAACAGAUUCUGCUGAACGGUGCCUCCUUUUUCAUGCUGUUUGUGUGGCGAUCGACGACAUCGCAUGAUAUCUAUUGUUACGGCUCACCAAAGGCGCAUACUGGGAAACCGAGACGCCAAUUGAAUGAAUAUGCGUGGUUCAAGGGACUGGAGGUCAUUUAUUGGUUGUGGCGAUUGUCCGAAGUUGUGGCGCUAGCGUCAUUCUAUGGCGGUGUGUGGCCAACAUUGAUCCAAAACAUGCUGGUCCCGUGGCUGAUCUACGUCGGUGCGAUUCUGGGAUGGGGAACGGGCGGACUUUUUUCCUCUGCGGCUUCCCGUCGACUCCGAAUGCAAGACUGUGAAAUUUGCCAACAGCAUCGACAUUCCGAAACUUACGAUUCCAAAUCAGACCAAUUCUCGAUGCUCAUGUCAGAUGAGGAUCGGUGUCGUGUGAACAUUCUAUUAUCCGAAGAAUCCACCAGUGGCAGUUCGGCUUCUUCGACGUAUGUGAGUCCAAAAGCCAAGAGCCGAAAAAAGAAGAAUCCCAAGAGUGCGCUGUAACUAUGAUAGUUUUUUUUUCGGCCUCUCAAAAGCUAAUUUUCGAAAAUUGGAUAAGGAAAAAAACAACGACUUUGUGUUCACCUAAGAAACAAUAAAAAAAAGUACCUAAUUGCCCGGUCGUUGAAUUAACCUAAA